UUGGUUCUGACACUGGUUUUGACUAUUCACUUUUAAUUGUAUUCUGGCAAUUUUCAAAUAAAAACAUCAAAAGUAAUAACACUAUUUCAAAUUUGUGAAACAAUGUUUUGACUUAAUGUUAUUUGACCUGAAUUCAGGGUAGCUUUGGUCUUCCUGAGGUUAUUUCCUUCAGAAAGUUAACUGCUGCUUAGCUUCAGUUUUCACUUUUUUUUCUMGUGUUAAAGAGUGGCUCUUCAGAUCCUCAUUUAUCUUCACCUUUCAGCUUGAUUUUAUUCUGUGACAGGAAUUCUCUAAAUCAUUCUUCCUAUUUGAAUAGUAAAAACAGCAGAGUUAGGAAAGAAAAUAUAAUUCCAUAUGUCCCCUUCUAAAUAUUUUGUGCUCCAUCCACUGCCACCUUUCAGUCUUCUGAUUCUGUGUUUAACAUUUUUUACUGUUUCGAUAGAGUUUUAACAUUUUUUUACAGCUGUCUGGGAUUAUCUGAAAAAUCAUUUUGAUUUGCAUUUUAGAAUAUUYUGUAGCAAUAUUGAUGGAUUUGCUUGCUGUCACCUCAGCCCAUCACAAAAACAUGUGUCAUACUCCUUGAGCACUGGCACAUGUUCGUCUUGUACCACAGCCCUCACAACCAAGCCUAGUGCAGCAUGCAGUAGUGUGAGAAAGAUCAGUGACUAUCAAUGUAUGCAGGAUAUCAGGUCAAACUAUGAACAGUUAGUACUGGGGGAUUUUCUUAAAGUCCAGCAGAGCUUUUUGAUAGUGCUGUAAGAAGUACACUGUUGUAGGAUUUUUCAUGAAGAGCUGUAAUGACUUCAUCUAAAUUCAUAAAUACUGUUGAGUUAGUAAGACCAUAAUUAACCCAUACCAGUGUUUAUCAAGUGGAUUUGAAGUUGGUGCAGGGCACUURGUUUCACACUGUUAUGUCUCUAGAGAGAGACUUGCAAAAGUUAAGUGACAUGAUUAUAGUAGUGUUUAGCUGGCAUAAUUUAUAUAUGGAUCRGUUUAUAAAUGCAAAUCCUGAAAUAGGGAGCUAUGGUGGGUAAAAGGAGUAGGUAUCUGAGGGUUUUGUAGUAGCUCUAUGUGCAACUGAGAGAGACUUAUUUUUAUACRUGAUGAUGAAGACAAUCUCAUGUUAUCCCCUUGAGGAUGCCCUUUACAAGGCUGUAUUAUAGGGGCCAUGUGGAAGAUCAGCACAUCAAAGAGUAUUUUGGCUCCAAGGGUGGCCCAGUAUAAGCUGAUUUUAUAAAUCUGUGCAUCUUUUGUUUGGGUGCCACCCAUUGUAGCAUUGUAGUGCAAUCAUACAAAAUCUAAUCCAGAAUGGAACUUCRUAGUUGCCAUUACAGCCAUCAAAUUGCCUACAAAUUGAAAUUCAUAUCACAGCAUUCAAGUGUUCAUGGGGUUUUAAACAAUAUUUUAAGAUAAAAAAAUAUAUUAUUCAGCAUUUUUCAGGAGAGAGGUACAGACUGGUUUUCCUCCAUAACAGAUUCACUUUCUCUCCUCAUCUCUUUUUUCCUGGGCUGUACGUACCGUUUUUAUUGACUGGUUUUAUUGACUUGCACUUGUAAAGCAAUAAUAUUCUGGGGCCAGGUAAACAUAACACUCUGUGUAGAGGAGCAUGAGCAGAGCGUGACAGUUUGCCAGUCACCCGCUUACCAGUUGAGAGUGUCAGUUUGCAGCUGCGUGCCCUGUAAGGGUCAGUGAUAUCUGAUUAAGUUGUUUGCUUUGUAGAUCUCCAAAGAUGUAGAAUAUGUUUUAGAAACAUGUCCAGAGAUUGAUGUUUGUUGCAAAGUGAGUUGCAAAAUUAGUUUUCAAGUAAACAGAAAUACAGCUGAGUUUUUCAUGUGAAAUAACACUAAAAUCAUGCUAGCAUAAUACAUGUAUUUGWGUUUCCCUACAGAAACCACGUUAUUUAGAGGUUGACAAAGAAAAAGGACUUACUGUAGAUCUAUGUGCAUUCUUCUGCUUGAAUUGAUGCAAUCCAUAUCCAAAUAUCAAAGAUUUUAAAAUAAAAACUUACUCCAGCAUGUAGGUUACAACUUAUGAUGAAUUUUCUUUCUCUGAUGGCUUUGUGUCAUCCACAAGGACAAUAUGAAGACAGUGGACUAAUAAUAGUGAUUUUGUACAGGAUGAAGAGUUUAAUACUGUUAACUUCCAUUUAUAUACUGCCAAGACACUUCACAGAAAAGGUUAAAAUGACUUCCACUUUUCUCUAGAAAAAUUCAUAGACUUUUAAAUAUCUUCCUCCUUGCUGUGUGUUAUUGACAACAUAGUUUGCAUGUUGACAGGUCUAUAGAUGGCCAUGAAGUUUACUGGAAAUAACUAGUUAUUACAAACAUAGAGACUGGAAGGACUGGAAAUUACCUGUGAGCUGUUAACUUAUAAUGCCUCUAGAUGAAAAGUAAUUGCAAGAGGAGAUACAGAUAUUUCCAGAUUCCAGAAGAUGCUAAUAUUUAUUUUUGUAUUUUUGUUUUGUUCUUUAGUGAGAUAGAAGAUGAAUUCAGCUGAAAUCACUGAUGAUGAUGAAGUUCUUAAAAAAAAUGUGAAAGUAGAAUCAGAAAAUGAAGAUGAAGCUCUAGACUGCUCAGUAACUUCCAGAUCAGCAGAGAAACACUCACUGGAUGGUGCAGUGACUUGCCUACUAGAUUCCAACAAACGGAAACAGASCUCGCUUGGCUGUGAUGGGUCAGGAGGCCAGCAGGAUGCCUUAUCCAGCGUGAAGAAGAGACGCUUUAUGCAAGAGGGCUCCCUUUCAAACAUGAGGAACAGAGAUGCUAGCUCACCCACUCAGGUAAAUGCAGAGCAGCCAAACAAGAACAAGAAUUCUAAUGUAAYGUGGCUCUGUGAAGAAGAAUCCUUCAGUGACAUAAUCACUCCAUCUUAUAAAAAACCUCUCUAUGGCAUCUCACACAAAAUCACAGAGAAGAAGAAUCCACCUGGAGCAGAGCAGUUUACUUCUUACGAGUUGUUUGAAAAAAUCAACCCCAGCAGUCCCUCGCAAAUUCGGGCUUUGAAUGACCAACGCAAAAGAGACUCRGCCACAGCCAUUGCAGUAGCAGCAGCCACAGCAGAUUCAGAACCUAAUAUAUAUUCCUUGAUACAGAAAAUGUUUUACACGCUGAACACCCUCAAUACCAAUAUGACUCAGCUUCACAGUAAAGUUGACCUGUUGUCUCUGGAAGUUAGCAGAAUUAAAAAGCAAGUCAGUCCUGCAGAGUCCGUGGCAGAUUUCAAGCCUCCCCCAGAGUACCAGCUGACUUCUGCGGAACUCAAACAAAUCAUGGAUCAAAGCACRUCAGGUGGAGACCUGGCUUGCCGGUUGCUUGUGCAGCUCUUCCCAGAGCUCUUCAGUGAUGAUGAGUUCGGCAGGAGCUGYAGUGCAUGUGGCUUUCUCAACAAAAGGAAACUUGAAUCUCUUCAUCUGCAGCUUAUUCGUAACUAUGUGGARGUUUGUUAUCCUUCUGUGAAGAAUACAGCUGUGUGGCAGUUGGAGUGUUUGCCUCAAGUGAAUGAUUUUUUCAACAGAUUUUGGGCUCAAAGGGAAAUGGAAAACAGUCAGCAGAAUGUGCAAUCAUCCAGUUUUUAUGAGACUGAGCAGGUCGAAUCCUCUCAUUUUAUGGAGGACAAAGAGCAGGAGGAAGUUUUGUCCUUGGACAGGAGUAAUGUCAUUGCCUCAGAUUACAUGCUGGAUGCUCAGGAUCUCAAUGAAUUUUUAGAUGAAGCUUCUUCACCAGGGGAAUUUUCUGUUUUUUUGUUACACAGACUAUUUCCAGAACUCUUUGACCACAGAAAAUUAGCUGAAAGGUACAGCUGCUUUGGAGACUCUGGAAAACAACUGCUGGAUCCUCAUCGGCUUCAAAUAAUCCGUAGGUACACUGAAAUUUACUUCCCAGAUGUGCAAGAAGAAGAAGCUUGGWUGCAGCAGUGUGUUCAGCGAAUAAAUGAUGAGCUUGAAAGUACAUAUAUGGAUGGAAGUGAAUGUGACCAGAUGAGAGAUGACUGUUACGAUUCUUCUAGUUUACCAGAUGAUGUAUCAAUCAUAAAAGUGGAAGACAGUUUUGAAUAUGAAAAACCCGGCAGACGGUCAAAAAAAAUCUGGCUUGUACCCAUAGAUUUUGACAAACUUGACUUUCCCCCUCCUGAUUUUGAUGUCCCUGUCCCGGAUUAUCUGUUGAACAAAGAACAGAUAAAAAGCAUAUAUGAAAGCAGUCUUUCCAUAGGCAACUUUGCCUCUCGAUUGCUUGUUCUCUUAUUUCCUGAACUAUUUACUCACGAAAAUUUACGGAAGCAAUACAACUGUAGCGGAUCUUUAGGCAAGAAACAGCUUGACCCCACUAGAAUUAAAUUAAUUCGACAUUAUGUGCAGAUACUGUACCCCAGAGCAAAGAAUGACAGAGUGUGGACAUUGGAGUUUGUUGGGAAGCUUGAUGAGAGGUGUCGACGAAGAGACACGGAGCAAAGGCGCUCAUACCAACAGCAACGGAAAAUCCACGUGCCAGGGCCUGACAGGAGGGAAUUUCUCACCUAUGCAAUAAACCCUGAGAGGUUUCGGGAAGAAUUUGAAGGGCCGCCACUACCACCGGAAAGAAGUAGCAAGGAUUUUUGCAAGAUACCACUUGAUGAACUCGUUGUUCCUAAUCCAGACUUCCCUGUGCCUUCUCUGUAUUUGCUGUCUGAUAAGGAGAUAAGAGAGAUAGUACAGCAGAGUCUGUCGGUUGGCAACUUUGCUGCCAGGCUUCUCGUAAGACUCUUUCCUGAACUCUUUACUCCAGAGAAUCUGAGACUGCAAUACAACCAUUCAGGUGCUUGUAAUAAAAAACAGCUUGAUCCCAUCAGACUGAGAUUGAUCCGUCAUUACGUGGAGGCAGUUUAUCCUGUGGAGAAAAUGGAAGAAGUGUGGCAUUAUGAAUGUAUACCGAGCAUCGAUGAAAGAUGCCGGCGUCCUAACAGAAAAAAGUGUGAUAUACUGAAAAAAGCAAAGAAAGCAAAAAAAGUGACAGGCUCUUUAAACUGCUAAGACUUUGACCACUAAAUUAUUGUCAAGAGUAUGCUUUGGUUUAGACUGAAGGGCCUGUGGGAGCUGAAUGUUCUCAGCACCUGGGACAGUCAGGCUCUAAAUUUGUUGCAUUUCAGUGUGUUGCAUCUCUGUUGGCACUGCAGCAGUGGGAAGUGGCUGACUACAUUUGUACAUGGGUAAAGACCAUCAGUGACAGCUAUCAAUGACUCYCUAAGAGCAUGAUAUUCACUGGUGCAAAUACAUGUAUUGAAACUAUUACUCCACUCCCCAUUUCUGCAUCUUCCUUUUCUAUCACUUUCUAAUAAUAAAGAAUUUUUUUAAUGGUUGUGCUCUUCAAGGGCAGUUUUUCAUUAUACCAUUAUAAACAGUAUUUUUAAUUAAUUUGGAUUUUGAAAUGUGUAGAYUAAGCCUAAUUUAAAUUUGAAAGUGCCAUUUUCAUUGGAAAUCAUUGGAAUAUUACUUUGCUUCUACAGUAACUGUAGCUUCACACUUGUUUUGUUCUUCAUGAUAUUGCGGUACUGAAAGUAAUAAUACUGUGUCAAAGAGUGGGUCAGAAUGGUGUCAUUUGCAUUUUUGACUGUUACAUUGGUUUUUAUUUCUAAAAUCAAGAAUUAACUGAUGAAGAAUUGAGACAUGAGCAUAGACACUGUGUGAAUGUUUUUUUUUAUAUUGACACCACAAGCUUGAUCCUGCCCCUGUGAGUUCUGUUAUUGUUUUGUCCAGUGUAACUGCUGGAGUGACUGAGGAUUGCUCAUCUGAGUAAAGCCAGCAGAACAGACCCAAGCCUAUACCCAUGGAAUGUCUUCCCAUCAUCUGCUUGCCACCCUAUUUGUAGAGUAGCAAAAGCAACAGCAACAACAAAAAGACCUGAAACAAGAACUUGAAAAAUUUUAGAUCUUACUUUCUAUCAAAAUCAUGAUUCCAAAGGUUUCCAGUGUUGAUACUGAACUGCAUAUGUAAUAAGUAUGUGCAAAGAUUGGUUUUGUGAUGAAUUCCAGUGUUUCAGGGUCCCAGCAUAUGAGCUGUGGUAAUGUAACUCAAUUCUUUCCAUGAAUGCAGCAGCAUCUGGAUAUUCUGGGUGUAGGGAUACUGAACUCCCUCACUUUGCCAAAUUSUUUUAGUGUAAUGAGUAGUUUUUUGGAGACAUAACUGUGUAUGUAUAACUUAGGUUUGUGUGGUCAAGUUUGCAUCAUUAAUAUGUUCAAGUGUAACAAGACCACCCAGAACCCAAUAUGAAUUUGCUGUAUGACUUGUCACUGGAGAGUGCUGCUUUAAAACUAGUUUUCUCUCUUUUUUUAAAAACUUUUAAUACUGAUAGAAGUGGUGAGAGAGAGUAAAACAUGGAUUAUUAAGACAGUAAAGACAGUGGUUGCUUACAGAGCAUCACUGGAACACCUUGGAGCAAUUGUUGAUGUUCUCUGUGGUCCUUUUCUGUUGUUUUCUUAGAUGGGUCAUAGCAAAUUUUAAGUCCGUUUCAGUGUAAUUUUCUAUUUUAGCAUUUGUAAGAAAGUACAAAAUAUUUGGUAUUUUUACUUCAGAUUUUUAGAAUUUAUUGUUCUUAGACUCAUAUUGAUCCCUUUAAAAGGAAAACAAAAUGGUUUUCCUGACAGCAAGAACUAGCAAAAGUAUUGWGUUAAACUGGGAGUAAAUCAUAGGUAGUAGCAUUUGCUCAUUUUACCCGUAUGCUAGAAACAUUCUCAAAGAAUGUAUGAAGAAAGUCAUGAAUGUACUAAAUAACACACUGAUACUGUUUUAUAUCCAUUUAAAUGUUUCCUGUUGGUUUAAGUAAUAUCAGACCAUACUCAAAAUGGAUAUCAGAGCAAAUAURGCUAUAAUAAAUAGAAAUCAUUUUACCAAAGAUAAAGAACUGAUAYCACAAUGUCUGCAUCUGUUCAUUUUAGUGCAUAAAUUUAUCCAAUUGAAUGUAUCAGAAACCAAGACUCUCUUGUCAUUGUAUGCUACCUAGAAACUCUGGGAAAUUUUUUUACAUGCACUUUUAUGGGAUAUAUAAAAUAACAAAAUAUUAACAGCUGAUUAAUUUGUGGUUGCAAAUGGCUGGCCAAAAGGUAAGAAAUACAGUUUUAUUUUCUUAUCUUAGUGUCAUACAUUUUGCCACUUAGUGAUGUCAAAGCUCUCAUAAGAAUUCAUUAUAUAUUAAACUUUCUUACAAGGGAUAGAUGUUACUAGUUAGCAUGCAAGUUUGAGACAUACUGGCUUUUACUGUAGAUGUUACAUCAAAAAAUCCAUCAAUUCUAAAAAAUAGUGGAAAAAAAACAAUUUGACAGCUUUGACCAUAAAAAUGAUAGUUUUUGAAAGUGGGUAUAAAAAUAAUUUCGUUGUAUUUUUUUUCUCUUAUUGCUGUGUACAUUCCUUUUGUCCCACUCUUCACAACCCUUUUAUGAUUCAUUUGAUUGUAUGAUUUAUAACUGAUACCAAGAAAAUGCAGACAUAUAAACAGUGGCAUAGUUCACUAACAAAAGCUCUUGCAGUGCAUCUGAAGUACAGCCACUUCAUCCAGUUGGUCAGUCUUGUAAAUAAAUUAAAGGUAUCUUAUUUUCAUACAAGAGGAAUGUUGUCUGGUGAUUGUUUGGAUACAAGCAGGAUUUUUUUCCUGUGAAGACUGUUACUAAGAUCUGAGAUAACCUUAGCUAGUUGGACAAAUACAUAAAGGAAAACACCCCAGUUUGCUGCAGCUAUUUAAAAAGGUUUUUCUGUCUUGUAGACUUCUUCUAUUUAAAAGAAUAAACUUACAAUUUUGAAAGUAAAACCAUGAUAGGAGGGUUGCUACUUAUUGAAGUGUUGGGGCACAUCUGUAGCCAUGCACACUGACUUCCUAUGGAUAAGCAUUACUUUCUGCCUGCUCUGUUAAGGUGGGUAUCGAGUGUCUCUGUCUACUUCUUACAGUUUAAAUAUAUCAGCUUUCAGUAAGUAUUGAAUAGCCCAUUUCUAAGCUUCCUAAAAGAAACAGUGUAGUAUGUAUCAUAAUUCUUUAUUUUUGCAUCUUACGCUUUUUCUGCAACUUAAACAUUUCCUUGGAAGCUCUGUAAAAAUGCAAAACAGCACAUCAAAAGGGAGGUGAAGUAUGCAUCAGUUUAUUGCCUGUUAAAUGUAGUCAACUGACAGAAUCAACAACAAAUGUGUUGGCAAAUGAGAAAAAUCUUWACUUGAAAUCACUUUGUUAUGCUAGUGCAGUACAGCCAACAGUUUCAUGUUCUAAGAAAUGUUUGUGACUUUAUUAUCUUCAAAAUGCAUAUAAUUUAUUUCUAGUACAUUCUAAAAGAUCUGUCAUUUGUCUCUUUUAAAUAAUUGUUUCAUGUUUAUGUUAUAGCAGUGMGAAAGAGAAUGGUGUGUUCAAUGCUCUACAAAGGCACACCAGGUCUAAUUUCAUGCUGGAAGGGGCUAACGUGAAUUCUACAUCUCCAAGAAGCCCAGAAAAUUUGUAGGUUUUAUUUAUAAUUUAUUYUUAUUCAGAUUUUGUUUUGCUGAAUAAAGGGAUGGUGGAACAGUUGGAAAAUUCARUGUCUUAAGCUUGCCUCUCAUGAGGACAGGACAUAAAUUGACAAGUAUUCUUACUUACAAAAGUACAUUUUAGUUGAUUGCACUUAAAAUUGAUGGAAGAACAAGUGUGGCAGGUUUUUCUAAGUAAAUGAAACGAACUCCAUGACUGACGCUGCCAACAUUUCUUURCUGCCUUGGUUUGACUUUCUGAUUUUUUCCCGUUAUUACUACAACUCAGCACCAAUGGAAUUACGGAUUUUUCCUCAGAAACAUUCUGAAAGUAUAUUUCUAAUGUGCCUGAAGCUGAUAAAAAUGAAUAGAUGAAGUCAUGGUUUAGUUUCCUCUUGAUUCUCUCUUAAAAUUGACUUUGCUGAGAAAGGCAGAACAAGCAAGAAAUACACAUUUGUUUGUCUUCAUCUUUUCCUACCUACACUUUUUUUGUCCUAGUAAAUGUUAAGACAGAUAAAUUUCUAGUGGUAAGAGUGCUUUCAAAAUCCCUAUUUUGCCCUGAAAUUAAUUAAUCUAAACUUCUCACUGGUCGUGAUAGUCUUAAUUUCUUAUAGAAGUGUCUCACAGAAUACACAGUACUUGUCUUUGUCACAGCUCAUGUAAAUCCUGUUCUGAGAGGUAAUCUCUCCUGCAGCAGAAUGCUGGCUGAAGGAGCUGCCCUGGCUUUCUAGUGCUGGAAGCAGAUGACUCCUAACAAAACCACGCCUCCAUCACAUUCACAUUUUCCUUGCACCUCAUCUAAAUGGCAGGASACUACCCCUUACAUAGUGUUAUUUUUAUCCACCAUAUUGCUUUUCACUUUUGUCAUUUUCUGGGUGCUGUCAUUUCUAGCUAAUGGCCAUGAAAGCCUGUGACAUGAGCAGACCACUUGCUUACUCCUUUUCCUGGUCUGUUCCAUCAUGKGACUGUGGUACCCUAGUGAGCAUUUUUCUUUGAUUAACAAUCUGGAAGAAAGAACUGAUUCCCAUGGGAAGGGAAAAGUUGUAAUAGAAGAGAAGGAAAGCUGUUCCUUUCCCACUUCUYCCCUUCUCUGUUCUUCCCCACACUCCAGAACAAAAUUGAAUAGAGCAAACCUGGUUUGGUUUUAACCAUGUUUUCAUUAAUUUCUGUUUUAASCUUUAGUGAAACUGACUUCCCAGUCAUAAAAUGGGCAAAAUCACUACAUGUGCAAUCAUACUGAAACUGAUGUUAAUAGAUGGAAACAAAUUAUUACUGAACAUUCGAGGAAGAUCGCUAAUUAGUAACUACACACACAGAACACGUGUACAAAUGUCAAGUAAUCAGUCCCAAUUUCCUUCACAAAUUUCAUUAUAGCAAAGCAACUGUUUGUUGUUGUUUCCAGAGGCAUUUUGUAGUCUUAGUGUUCACGUCUCUGGAAGGCAAAAUAUUCCUUUAAUGGUUACACUUUCAGGAAUGUACAACUUUGGUUAGCCCACAAGGUAGUUUGUUAGCUAGGUCUACAAAUGUUUCCUGUGAAAAGAAAGUGUUAAGUUACCUGUCAGCAGUAG